AUGGGCUGGGGCGUGAGAGACCACAUCCUGGAAGAGACGGCCCGCGCCGUCUUGCAGAAGGUGGGCGCAGAUCAGCCGAUUAACCUCAGGGCGCCCUACGCGUUUGGUAGUGUGGUGGAGGUGACCUUUGCCAGCGAUGAGGUCGUUAGGGCGUUGGCCAAGAAAAUUCAAAACCUAGAAAGACCUUCCGUGACGGAAAGAGGAUGGUGUGGAUGGGACCGAUUGAUUCCAAGGCGGAGAGGGCACAAGCCAGAAUUCGACACAAGGUUAAGGCCAUCUUCGGCUGCGCAGUCAACUCUGCCAAUUGGGAGGGCGAAGAGCUCGUCUUCUGCGACCGCCCCAGAAAGGUCGACGUCGGCGGAGUCUAUCGGGGCAGAUUCGGCGGGCUUCGGUUCGAGCGGGAGGUGA